UAUAACGUCGGCUGCUUAAAACACUAUCAAUUCUUUGCAUAAACUAUCUGCUUACAAUUGAACUUAAAAUCUUGCAAUAAAUCUAUGAAAUAAACACCAAUUUCUUCGUGUAAAAUAUUGUCCAUUUGCGGCAACGAAGCAAGCAUACCAAUCAGCUGUUUUCUGGACGCAUUCUUUGCACGUCAUCACAAACACACUCACACACUCCCUUCCCUGUACGCGCGUAGCCAACAUCUCACUUACACAUACGUAACAUUGCGCUCAAGCAGACUCGCCAGACAGCGUUGAUGAAGAUCGCGCAAAAAUAAUCAUAUUAUUCUGUGAACCCGACACGUACUCUUCCGUGGCUGUGGCGUUCUGGUUGAAAGUAGAUACAAGCGUUGUGAUAAAAUAGUUAAAUCUGCUUCAGUGAUAAGGAGCAGCCGCAAUCGGUUCGUGGUCAAAUAUCGUAGUGGUGAAGUAGUUCUUAUCAGCAAACCGCAAUCAAUCCAAUUUUGGGAACAUUUAUCGCUGUGGUAAUGGUUCUUUAUUACCUUAUCUAGUGUGAUAGCAAUUAAAUUAUUAGCAGUGCAAACAAACAGUGUCAUUUUAUUUGAGCUUAUCAAGUCUCAAAAAUCAAUUGAUGUGAGGCAUCCAUAAAUGGAAGAAACUGCUUACAAAAAUGAGUUUUAUUCAGCAUGAAACGAAAUAAUUAUUCUCCGAUCGCAAAAAAAAACAGUGUGUGUGAUAAUGUAGACAGCUGCUGAUGCCUGCUAAAUGUACCGAUGUGGCAGCAAAGUGGAAAAUAUUAUUUUUAAACCACCGAAGCGAUCUGACUCAGAGGAAAAGAACCACACAGAGAAUCACUCACUUAGCAGCCCAGGUUCCCAGCGUUUCAUUAGCACACAAGCCACACAAACCACGAUCAGCGCGAUCGCCUUCGUAGUGGUGUCGUUUGUUGUCGUCAUUGAAAAUCCGUCCGUCCGUCCGCGGAAUGGCCUUGUGAUCGUGAUGCACAGGGUAGCGUGUAGAAAGGCAACGACAUCGCGAACGCGUCAGCACCAAGUUGUAGGUCACCGGUACCGGUAGAGCCAUGGACGACAUUAAGGAAAACCUUAUCCCAAAUCUGCAUUUUGCGGAGAAUGAUGAAGAGGAACUGGCGGAAGAAAUUGGCCUCCCGGCACGGCCCACUAUACCGUCGCUGUUGCAAAGAAAUUCCCAGAUCAACCUGCUCGAAAAGAUGGAUCACAGUGGAGAGCAGAACAAGCUAAAUGAGUUGCGCAAUCGCAAGGGUACGGUUCGGAUUAAUCAACCCAAGGUGACUCGACAGGACAAGGCACGUCCGCCGGACGAUGAGCAGGAACCGUUCGGUGAAAGCCUUAUGCUGCUGGAGUUCAGUGAGAAUGCACCGGUCGAGGCGAUACAAUGGAUUAUGGACAAGAUCCGCGGUCGUCGGGUGGAUGGCGGGAUGGAAUUGAUGGUGCGCAAGGAACCUCUCAGCAAAGAUAGUAAAACAAUCAUUUUCCACCUUUCCGCCACGCACAUGAAGCUACUCGAGAUUGCCGACGAUAUGGGCUUUAUGAAGCGCACCAAAUCCGGCAUCAUACGCAACUUCAACGUGGCCUGUUUGGAUGAGUUUUUCUACGACGAAAGUAUGGCACUGGAGGACAUUCUCACGCCCGCCGAUCGGCAAAUCAUCGUCAAGCAUGCGCUGGAAACGAUCAAGGCGGCCGACGACGAGCAUCGAAUACCGGGCACAAAGAUCAUCCUAUACCACGGCCAAUCGAUCAUACAGGCGGCACAGAGUGCGGAAUUGAUCACGAACCUUUACUCGCUGCACGACAAGCGCACGCUGAAGGAGCUGCGCCAUCGCUGGAUCAAACCGACGCGCGUGCAACCGAUCGACGAGAUACGGGACUACUUUGGCGAGAGUGUCGGCAUGUACUUUUCCUUCCUUGGGUUUUACACGUACGCACUGGUCGUGCCGACGGUGUUCGGUUUUCUGCAGCUCGGCCUGUCGGAGGAAACGGAAACUGUGCCAUUUUUCUGCGUGUUUUACGUCGUCUGGAUGAAGGUGUUUCUGGAGCUUUGGAAGCGCAAAAGCUCGUCGCACGCAUACCGCUGGGGCACGAUCACGAUGACGAAUCUGGAUGAGCCGCGGCCCGGGUACUAUGGGAAGCUGGCACGUGAUCCCAUCACCGGCAAAUGGACACCGCAGUACCCGAAGUGGAAAACGUACGUGCAGAUGUACUGCGUGACAGCACCGAUCAUUAUGCUGUGCAUGGGCAUAGCGGCGUUUGUGACGAUCUUUCAGUUUUACGUCGAGGCGUACCUGGCGGAACUGUUUGGACCGGAUGCGUACAUCCUGUAUCUGCCGUCGGUUGUGAACGCGAUCUACAUUGCCGUAUCGACGCUGGCGUACGAUCGGCUCGCGACGUACCUAACGGACAAGGAGAACCAUCGUACCCAGAGCCAGUACGAGCGGCACCGUGUCAACAAGCUGAUUGUGCUGGAGUUUGUGAACAACUUCCUGUGUCUGUUCUAUAUCGCGUUCAUCCUGCAGGACAUGAAGAUGCUGAAAACGCAACUCAUGAUGCAACUGAUCGUGCUACAAUUCCUACAGAACGUGUUUGAAAAUCUGUACCCUUAUCUGAAGAAGAAGGUUGGAUUGAAGAUUGUGCGAUUGUUUGUGAAGUCAAAUUACGAGAAGCUAAAGCUAGCCCACGAAUCGUACGAUGAGAUGGGACUCCGCUCGCUAGACGAAGACGAUCCGCGUGUGGUGCAGAAUCGCAAGGAAACGAUCCUGGAGGAGUACAACACGUACGAUGACUAUCUCGAGCUGUACAUACAGUUCGGGUACGUGGUGCUGUUUUCCUCGGUGGCGCCCUUAACCGCCUUCUGGGCAAUACUGAACAACGUGAUCGAGAUACGGCUCGAUGCGUACAAGCUGUGCAGUUUCUUCAAGCGACCGUUUGCGCGACGCACCAAAAACAUCGGCGCCUGGCAGUUGGCAUUUGAAACGCUGGCCGUUAUUUCGAUACUUACCAACUGUGGCAUACUUUACCUGUCACCACAUAUGAGAGAGCUCGGUGCCGGAUUAACCCGUGAAGCGUACACACUUACCUUCCUUAUUAUCGAGCACGUCCUGCUCGGGUUAACCUGGUUUAUCUACAAAGCGAUCCCGGAUACGCCGCACUGGGUCCGUGUGGCACUGGCAAAAGCCGAACACGAGUCUCGUCAAGCACUGAAACGAGAGAACGCACAACGAUCUCGCAACGUGCUGUUCCGCAGGUUUCGUAGCGUAUACGAUACGCAUUCGAUGCUGAGCUAAGAAGAUACAGAGAUGAUUGCAAAAUGGUUACCAAAUUGGUUAUCAACUUAACAAGUGAUUUUAUUUUCUAAGCAUUGGAACCAUUAGAAAUGGGGCAACAAGGCACGCGAUCGUGUUAGGAGGAUACUGUUUGAUGAUUUUAAUAAAACAUUGUUGCGAA